AUGAAUUGCCAUUCACUUGACUUAAAUUCAAACAAAGAAAAAACUCCAAGAGUUAUCGAAAAUAGGUCCAACUUUGUAGAAAGAGUCAAUAAAGUAACAGCCACUCAGAUUUUCCAAACUUCUAAAAAGCCUCUUUCUUCAGAAAGAGCAUGCUCAGUUGACAAAGAAAGAUUUCAGUCACCUUUUUUCCAAAAGAAGAUGGAAACUUUAAACAACACCUUGUGCGCUUUGAACUCUAAAAUUACAUCCACAAGGAAUUCUAUUAAACGAGUAAAUAAAAUUGAGGUAGAACUGGCAGGAUAUAAAUUGAAUGAAAUUAUCAAAAAAAUUAAAAAAUUUGGGUUUGAUUGCAUUCGAAAAGAAUUAUACUUAAUAGACUAAAUAAUUGUUAUAAAUCAAGAUAUUUUAUAGGCUAAAAUUAUAAUAAAAUGCUGGUAAUAUGCGUAUUUACUCAAUUUUAAAUAUUGUUAUAUCAUGAAGAAGAGAUAACACGGAAAAAUUCAUAUGUUUGUGAUGUUAAGAAAACAGUUGAAGAAUGCAUGAAAAAGAAUUUUAAUUUAAACCAAUUGAUUGCUAUGACAAAAUGCAAAAACUGUGGCCAUUGCGAUUUAACACUGCUAACAUCAUCUACUAAACAUAAUCUUUCGCCAAGAUUUAUGGAAAAAAUUACGCAGCUUCUGCCAGAUUCUGAUAAUGCAAUUGACAAAGAAAAUAUCAAUCCGAACAAAGAGCCAAAAAUUUCAAAAGUUUUCGAUUCUUUCAGCAAAACAAAUGAUUUUGACUUAAAUUCGUCAGCUGAAAGCACAAAGCAAAUAAAAAGCCCAAACUUUACUAGUAUCGAUAAAUAUCGAAAAGUAGGCAAAGAAGUGAAAAUUCCAAAACUCAAUUUCAGCGGAAUUGUGCCAAUUAACACAAAAUCAAAAUCCCAAAUAUACACUAGAAAUUCAGCAGAGUCUCAAAAAAAUACUAUAAAUGACCAAAAAUUAGAAAAUGGCCUAAAAAAGUUCACAGAAACUUUAGAAAAAGUAGUCAAUGAAAGGGUUCAUCGAGGCUUUGACUUAAUUUUCCUAUCACGAGCUCGCAGAGAAACAGAAGAAAACCAAUCUUUAACCUUUGAAUUCAGCCCAGAAGAAAGUGCUAUACUAAGCAACCGUCCUUCAAUGCUUACAGGUGCAUUUGCAACAGAGCAUACAUUAAACGAAAUUAGCUCAAUAGAAAAGCAAGACAAAACUGACGACAGUUAUGACAUUUACCCCCAAGAAGACAUAAGCCGCUCCAGUGUAUAUAAAAAGAGCUCAAACUUAGCAGUCUUUAAAAUCCUGUUUUCAAGGCUUGACAAGUUAUUCUAUAGAAGAAAAGUUAGAGGUUUUUAUUCUUUAAUGGAUACAAUGUACUAG